UAAACAUUUCUUCAAAGUAUGGUUACAUUUUUCAGGUGCUCCAAUACUGCAGAGAAUGAGACUGAUGAAGAUGAAGAUAACUAUAGUACAUAUCAUAUGUACCCUUAUUUACAAUAUUUUGGAUUUUAUAUUCGUCUAUAAACCCAGUGAAAAACCAUGUGCAAGUCCUUGGCCAAGGUACUCUAGUAAAAAACCAGCUUGGUCCCAGAAAUACCUUCUUGGACCAAGCUGCGAGCUUUGUAACACCCAAGACUGGUUUGAAAAUGUGAGCUCUAGAAAAGUAUUCACUGUUGGAAGUUCAACAUGCAAUGAUGAAUUCAAAGUCAUGAACGAAUGAUGAACGCAAAGAAAGCGAUUAAAAUGUAGGUUAGCUCAAUCAAACAUAGAAAUGAGACAAA